AAACCACAGAGCAGAGGAAGAGGGCGGGCUUCAAUGACUGUGUUGAACAGCGGCCAGCAGGCUGACUGUGAGAGCGGACACCAUGGAGGACAGACGUCUGCUGGCUCUGACCUCUCUGAUCAUCUACACAGCAACGCUUCCAGCAGCUCUGGUCCCUGUUUCAGCGUUCUCAGCAGGACUGACUGUGAGUCCCAGCAGAUCUCAGUUCCUUCAAAGAGACUCAGUGUCUCUGAGCUGUGAGGAGGACGGAUGGACAGUUUGGAGGAAGAACAGCAGUGGACAGAGGAGUUCAUGUGGAGACGGGUGGGGAAAACCUGCUGAUUCCUCCUGUAGAAUCAGCUACAUGGUGACUAAAGACAGUGGAGUUUACUGGUGUGAGUCCAGAGAGGGAGCAGCUGGAAGCAGCAUCAACAUCACUGUAGCUGAUACAGUGGUCCUCCAGAGUCCAGUCCUCCCUGUGAUGGAGGGACAGGACGUCACUCUGGGUUGUAGAACCAGCGCUCCCUCCACCCUCUCAGCUGAGUUCUUUAAAGACGGCGUCUCCAUGGGGACCGAGUCCACAGGUCACAUGAUCCUCCGCCAUGUUUCCCGCUCUGCUGAAGGCCUCUACAGGUGUAGUUUCAGAGGUGUUGGAGAGUCUCCACCCAGCUGGAUCUCUGUCUCAGGGAACCACAAGACAGAACCUCCUCCUGGUUCCUCCUCUGAUCCUCCUCCUGGUUCCUCCUCCCGUCUCCUCCCUGUGUGGAUCUCCCUCUCCUCUCUCGUUGUGGUUCUCCUGCUGGUUCUCCUGCUGGUCCGGUUCUGCAGCAGGAACCCUGAAGGCUCGGCAGCAGAACCUGAAGUCACCGACAGCGACGUCAACAUCCUGCAGCGUCAGCAGCAGCCGGUCCGACGGAGCAGAGAUGUGGAUCCAGUGUAUUCAGACGUCAGAGUUCCAGAUGUUUCCUACGGACAAAUAGUCAUCAAAGAGAAACGAAGCCGAGGGAAGAAGUCAGAGCUCAGAUAAAGUGUGGACCAGUGGAUCAGAGCAGAGUCUUUCCAGAUGUUCCUGUCAGAGUGAAUCAGCAGUAGAGUCCAGUAGAAGCAGCUCCUGUGCUUUAGUGUGUAUCAGCUGCUCUCAGAGUGUUUUCACAGAUGGAGCCGCCUCCUGCUGCUUCUUCCUGUUUCACAGGAAACAUUCUGGUUUGAAUCAAGUCUGGAUUCUGGUUCUACUUUUUCUCUUCAGGAUCAAACUCUGAAUCAAAUGUCUCAAUGUUUCACUUGGUUUAUUUCCUGUUGGUGUUUUCAGAGAUUCCUCCAGAGCCUGACGUGGUCUACUCCUCCCUGAGGUGACCCCCCAGUCCAGACCCAUCCGGAUCCAGACCUCCACACUGCUGAGUUCUACUGAGUUCUACUGAGUUCUGCUGAGUUCUACUGAGUUCUGCUGAGUUCAGACUGGAUUCUAUUAGGUUUUAAUUGAGUUUGAAUUGCUUUUUAUUGAGUUCUAUUUGUCUUGAGCUGGUUUUUAUUCAGUUUUAUUUGAGUUUAAUCAGGUUUUUAAUUCAUUUUAUUGAGUUUGGACAGGUGUUUAAUUGCAUUUAUUUUGUUUGAAUGGAUUUUUAUUGAGUUUUAUCAGGUUUUCAUUCAGUUUUCUUCUCUGUCGUCUCUCUGGUGGUUAAAAAGUCACUCCUCAUAUUAAAUAACCAACAAGGAGUUUUCUGUUCAGAUUAAUCUUCUUGCUUCUGUUUUAUGGAGUGUUUUCACACUUGCUGCUCAAACUGCUGUGCUUUGUAUUUCUGAAGUUUUCUGACUUUAUUUUCAGCCUGUUUCUGUGUUCGACUGGUUUUUGGCUGAUUUUCUGUUUCUUCACUGGCUUAGCAGGAAAUCCAGAUAAAAGCUGAGAAACAUGUUCAGAGAUCAGGAGGAUUUGAACUGAAGCUUCUGUUGCUGAAGAAUAAACGUUGGUCUCAGAGUCUCUGUGCGGUUUCAGACAAACAGCAGAUUGAAACAUUGAAAUGUUCAGGGGCCUUACCUAUAAAGCUCGCUGCGCACAAAACGAGCCCCAAACUUUGCGCAGGGGCUCC